AUGACUGUUCCUCUUGCGAAAUACAUCUUCCUGCGUCUUCGUUCCCUUGGUGUCGAACAAGUACUGGGCGUGCCCGGCGACUACAGCAUGCCAAUGCUCGACUAUAUCUACGAGGUCGAUGGACUCCAGUACGUUGGCACAUGCAACGAAUUGAACGGCAUCUAUGCCGCCGAUGGUCUCGCCCGCUCCAAGCGCAUCCCUGCUGUCUUCAGCAGUACCUAUGGUGUUGGUGAGCUGUGUGCCAUUAACGGUCUUGCUGGCGCAAACUCGGAAGAUGUCCCAAUUAUCCACCUCGUGGGUACUACCUCCCGUGUUUACCAGGAAAACCACUAUGUCUGUCACCAUGCCCCUCCCCAGAUCAAGGGAUACCUGCCCAAUGACCACGCUAUGUACGAGCAAUCGAGCCGCCCUUACUGCGUUGCUGCUGAGGCCCUUUGGGAUCUGAGCACUGCUACCAAGCAGAUUGACCAUGUGAUUGCGGAAUCCAUUAAAUGGAACAAACCCGCCAUUCUGUGGGUGCCAUUCGAUAUGGUUGGACUGCCAGUCGAUGAGGAGGAUCUGAAGCGUCCCCUCAACACUGCUAUCGACGUUAGCCCAUUGACCGAUGAGGUUGUCGAUGCCAUUUACAAUGCUCUGGACAAAGCCAAGACAGUUGCACUUCUCUCCGAUAUGUAUGCGGAGCGUUUCAACUUGCAGAGCUACCUGCACAAGGUUCUUGACCUGACCAAGGCCUGGGGCUUCACAACAUUGCUGGGCAAAUCGAGUAUCGAUGAGUCUCACCCCCAGUUUGUUGGUUGCUAUAAUGGUCAUCUGUGCCUUGAGGCCGUUUGGAAGAACGUCGAGGGUGCUGAUUUCGUGUUCAAUGUUGGCCCCAACAUCACUGACUCCAACUCAGGAGGCUACAGCCGCGAAAUUAAGGACGAAAAGUUGAUUAUGAUCAACAAACAAAAUGCUAAAGUCUUCGGUAAGCUUUACGAGGAUGUGAACUUUGUUCACGUUCUGGAAAGACUUAUUGCCAAGCUCGAAUCUGGUUUCACCCCCAAGUCCGCUGAGAAACCUGUUGCUGAGUUCAGCGACGUCGAAUUGAAGGGUCCGCUUCACCAGAUUAUGAUGCCCAAGCUUCUUUCCGAAGCCGUACAGGAGGACGGAUUCCUGAUUGCUGAAACAGGUACUUCUCAGUUCUUCGCUAUGGACGUUAAGCUCAAGAAGGGUGCCAAGUUCUUCACUCAAGUAUUCUACGAGUCUAUUGGAUAUGCUUUGCCUGCGGCUGCUGGCGUUGCUAUGGGCUGCCCUGGCCGUCGUGUCACUCUUCUGGAGGGUGAUGGAUCUGCCCAGGUCACCGCUCAGGAAAUCAGCACCAUUGUUCGCAAGAAGCUUCCUGUGACCAUUUUCCUAGUCAACAAUGACGGUUACGCCAUUGAGCGCUCGAUUUGGAAUGAGGAUCUCGACUAUAACGAUAUCGCCCAUUGGAACUGGACCAAGGUCAUGGAGGCCUUCGGUGCCAAGGAGGGCGAGGUCGAGAACUACCAGAUUCGCACUGCUGAAGAAUUCUUGGAUCUGGUCAGGAACCCCUCUUUCCAGCAAAGCAAAAAGCCGCAGCUUGUCGAGCUCUUCUUGGAGCGUCUCGACUACCCUGACCACUUAUAUCUACAGGUCAAGCUGGUUGGUGAGCGCAACAAGAUUAAUUUCCAAAAAUUCUCUGAGAAACAUGACAAGUUGCCUUCCGCCUAA